CGCUCACUCAGUUUGCGUUUGGAUAUCGGGUCGGCCGGAUCGGCGUCGUUGCGGAUUGUGUUUAGCGCGCGUGUUAGUCGCGAGAGUCGCCAAGUCGCACUGGGGAUAUUCGCGUCGCGGGUCGCGGUGUUUUGGAAACAAGUUUCGAGCGUGCGAGAUUCGCGUUCACACACGUGGGAAAACGAAGGGGAGAAGCGGUUUCCGAAGGGGGCUGUCCAUUUUUGGGCGAUUUCACGCCACAUUUUGUGCAAUAUAAUUUGGGCUGGUCUGGCGAUCGCGGUAGCGGUGUCGAAAGACACUUGUUUGAGGCGCGCUCCUAACAAUCAAAAGUGAAUCCGAAGCGCCCUUGGGAGUGCGCGAGUUUGGGUUGAAAGUGAGAAAAGUAGGUCUUCUGGAGAGUCGGUCAGCUGUUUACGGAUGAAUCACGGCUGCUUGUGGAGGUCGUCGUAGCUACAGAGUACGGAGAUAAAUCAUUAUCGCCUUUGUCACGUUUUUGUUUGUGUCCACGACAACGCAGAAGAGAGUUAGAAGGGUAUUUGGAGAGUGUAAUUUGAGCCGGGAAAGCUCGGUUCGGAUUUCUGAGGUGUUCACGUGAUUAGUUCUGCCAUUGGUUACUUGAAGAGUGUAGUGUCCCACAUAGCGAAGAAUUUGAAGUGGAUUCACGUGUAUCAUCGGGAAGAUAUGAAUUGUGAGUGAUCAAAAUGUUGACCAGCACCAGGAAGCCGGGACCUCCGGUGCCGCCGAGGCCAAGUGCCGCUGCGGUGGCCAAUGCGUUGGCCAAGCACCGUGAGAACUCUCCCAGUCAUCAGCAGCAGCAGCACCAGAUAUCGGGAGUUCACACGUUGAAGCCUCCCCAUCCGGGACGUACUGUGGUUUACAAGUCUCCGGCGUUUGAUCAGCAGGUGAUCAAAAAACCGCAAAGCGGCGAUCCCAGGGAACCGCUCGGUGCAUCCAAGACCGAGCUGUACGUCGGCGAGUCCCACGGAAUAUACAGCAACAAUGUUCCGCGACCUGUUCUGCCGCCGCCGCCAGCAACGACGAUUAGCACUAAUAACUCCAGCAACUUGGAAAACGGCAAAUUGAUGUACACUUCGACGUGCAGUAUAAUUGAGAUAAAUUCUUCCUCAUCGGCGUCCACGUCGGCAUCGUCCUCGCCAGUGUCCACGCUGCAAAAGACCGCGGACUCCAAAGCGACGAACCUCCUCGGAAUCGGUGGAGGUCACCGCAAUCAUUUUAAUUCCGCCGACGAAGAAGACGAUACCAGCAUCUGCCAAAAACAGCUCAAGAAUACCUACAACCACCGGCAUCAUCACCAGCUGCUGGAUCCGCUGGACAGCAGCUCCAACGACGGCGACCUGAUCGCCAUUAAGCGUAAUUCCCCAGAUGUAAUUGUGAUCAGUUCGUCCUCGGAGCAUGACAGCGGCACCGAGCACAACUCCAUGGACACGAACAGCAUCGCGAGCAGCAACUCGCUCGAACGGGAAAAUAACCUCAAAAAUCGGGAGCCAAGCCGAACAUCGCACCUGACCGAGAUCAUCAUCGGCUCGGACCUCGUUACCAACGGCGCAACUUCCACCUCCACGAUCAUCGAGGCCACCAACCACGUGAUACGGAGCUCCUCGAUCCCUCCCUACCGCCCAGAACCGGAAGGGGGCGAACACGUGACGCCCUCCAACGACGCCAACUCCGUGGUCAAAGUCACCCCGCCCCCAAUCGACCCCACAACCCUCGACUCCAAGCUCAGCGAGAAGAAGGUCGCGUUCCACGAGCUCCUCAUCUCGGAACUUACCGCAAUGCGAUCGGCGGCCGCAGCCGCCACCGGUGGCCACUCCGAUUCUAUCGUCCGGAGACAGCGUAAACCUCCGGAAAACCGAUCAUCGCCGGAAAUCUCGCCCACGGGAACGGCCCGCAUCCGUACGGCGGACUGGAUCGAAGUGGGUGACAACGGCAAGGAGGUCGUUCUGUCGAGCUGUCAAAUUAGUCUGGAGGAUUCGGGGCUGGAGGACGAGGGCAAGCACGAUGAGGACGGGGACGAUGAUGGGGGGUCGUCCGGCGUGGGGGACUCCUGGGAUAGCGUGAAGGAUGCUGAGGAACGCAUUACGAUGUCCCUGCCGGGACUGCCCCCACUGCCCAAGAGUCUCAGCGGAUUUGAUCUGGCCGGUCAGCAGCUCGCGUCGCACCAGCAGCACCACCACCAAAACCAUCACCAUCAUCAGCAGCACCAUCCCCCGCAGCAUCAACCGCCAGCACCCCCUCCACAAUACCAACAACAUCAGCAACACCAACAGCAGCAUCUGCAGCCUCCCCAGCAACAGCAACCUCACCCACAGCAGCAGCAGCAGCCCCUCCCUCCCUCGCUGAACCACCACCCGACGAAUCCGUUCAUCCCGAUCGGGGUCAACCUGCAGAGUGUCAGCAUGGCAUCGCUAGUGUCCCAGAGGGGCCAAUCGCCCGUCAGUAGCACCGUCAGCAGCAGCAGCAUGGCGGCAACCCCAAACAGUGGCAGUGGCAGCGGAGGAGGAGGAGGUGGGGGCAUCAGCGGUGGCAGUCAACAGGGAGCCGGCAGCGCCGUCCGGAAGCCAACCACACUCGACACCCAGCUGGCGAUCUUGCGGAGAGAAAUGUACGGUUUGCGGCAGCUGGAUCUGUCGCUGCUGUCGCAGCUGUGGGCCCUGAACGAGUCCAUCCAGGAGUUCCGGACGAUGCUGCAGGAGCAGGAAACUCUUUCGCCCCCCUCGCCCACGCCGUCCAACUCGGACGCCAACUCGGUCUCGUCGGACGACGACGAGGACGACUCGUCCAACACGCAGACGGUGGGCGCCGGUGCCAUCCUGACCAACCACCACCACAACCUGAUCGAGUCGGUGGCCGCGGCGUCGGUGCUCAGUUCGGCGGCGGCGCAAACGGCCAGCAGCAGGAUGCGGGCACCUCCGCCGCCGCCACCCAACCGGAAGGCCCCGUCGAGGCCCGUAUGAGAUAUUAGGUUAGUGUAGAUGACACACCCCCUUACAAAACAAAAACAACUCUCUCACUUUUAAAAAUGCUAGCCAAUACUACGUCUACAAAAAUCAAUUGAUAAACUCUCUUUUUGGAAGGGAUCCCAUACGACGGGAUCCAAAACCAUAAGUUGAACACAAACACGUGAAAGUCAAAAGUCAAUAGAACAAGACACAAAUUAGUUGUUGUGAGUAUUCGGAUUCGGAAAAGGUGCCGAAUCCAAUCAUCUCCCUGAAAAAAAAAACUUAAGAAGGUAUUUGCUUCUCCCCCGCAUCUUGUUCUUGUGUACAUAUUAAUUAAAACGUAAUUCUUAGAGUAUGUGACAAGCCGUAAUUCAUAAUAAAAAAAAAAACAACAUGUAAACUUUGUUCCAAAAUUGCGAAGCCGCGCGAAAUGUGAAGUUAAGUAAAAUAAAAAUACGUGAAACAAUA